AUGGCUCCUACAAAGCAGAUGACCCACAUAACCAAGGGUGGUAAAGCACUGAGGAACCAAGUAGCUACCAAAGCUGCUUACAAAAGUGCACCCUUUACUGGAAGGGUGAAGAAACCUCAUCGUUACAGGCCUGGUACCAUGGCACUUUGUGAAAUUAGAUGUUAUCAGAAGCCCAACAAACUUCUGAUUUAUAAACUUCCCUUCCAGCAUCUGGUGCAAGAAAUUGUUCAGGACUUUGAACAGAUAUGCACUUCAAGAGCACAGCUGCUGGUGCUUUGCAGGAGCCAAAUGAAACCUAUCUGGUUGGCCUUAUUGAAGAAACCAACCUGUGCACCAUCCAAGCGAAAAGUGUAA